AUGGACGGAAGUAUAAGUGAUAUCUUAUCGGGCGAAAGAACUGCAACGAGACGAAGAUACAAAUUUUUCGCAGAAACCAGAGAUCGAAUCGGUGUUACAAACAUCGAGUUUUUCAAGGCCACUUGAACGUCUCGUCGCAGGAAGCUUCGUCCUCCAAGCUCAAGGGACAGUAUUCGUCGGCGGUGACCCUGUCCAAAUCCCCUAUGUCCGCUCUGGGCUUGAACGGCAGCUCGGACACCAAAAUGCCCUCCAGCGGUUCCUUCUUUUCCCAGGAAUGCAUUUUUAUCGGCGGAUCCCCCUGCGGCGGCCUCGUUUUCACUGGUGCCACCUGUCAUUCGCAUCUCGUCGCUCGUCCCCAUCACGGAAUCGUUCUCUGCAGUCUCGACCGCGCGUGCAGCAGUCUCCACAGCUUCGAGGAUCUCUCGCGGUGGCUCUGUCGUCGAGUCGGUUCGCGCCGCGUCGGUAAGCGAGUGAUCGCUCUUAUCGGCCGAGCCACUCUGCACGUCCGAUCUCAUUCGCGGAUUCUUUCGAUACUCCUCCUCCAGGUAGCUGCGGAAUUGAUCCCUGAAGUAGCCGUCGAUCAUUUUCCACACGCUGGUGCUGUACCAGGUGAGUAUACCGACGAGAAACAGGCCGCGAACUAUCAGUCCCAGCAUGAUCAGCCGCGAAUUUCAAUUAAUGAAUCGACGUGUAUUAAAAUUCGCGAUAGAACGUUCGUGAUUGGACUUUGCGACCUAGAGAAUCGAUACUCGUCGAUACUCGAUACCGCGUUACGAGACAACACGAUGAAAUAA